AUGCAAACAGAAUUUCCAGCAACCUCCAGAUAUGAUAGAGGCUCCUCCCCUGGCAGGCCCUAUCUUUACAGCCUUUGCCUCCUCUGCCUCUACGUGGACAGCUCCAGUCUGCUCUGCCAGAGCUAUGAAUUCAUGUAUAUCCACUUCCUGGCUGAGAACUAUCUUCAGUAUGUCCUACAGGCACCUGCCUUUGAAUCGGCUCCAAGUGAGACAUCCAGAGUUCUACAAAGAGUCGCUUUCUCCGUUCAGAAAGAAGUUGAAAAGAAGCGGAAGCCUUUCUUGAAUGACUUUCAUGUGGAAUCCAUAGAUACUGCCAGAAUAAUAUUCAACCAAGUGAUGGAAAAAGUAUUUGAAUAUGGCAUCAUUAACUGCAGAAGGAUUGUAACUAUAUUUGCCUUUGCGGGAGUUCUCCUUAAAAAAAGUUUCACAAGAGCAGAUUGCCGGGGAUGUGAGUGUGUACAAACAAGAUUCCAGUUUUGUGGAAGAAUUCAUAAUGAAUAA